CGGAGAUUGCGUCAUCCGCGUGCGCCAACCGGGUUCAUUGUCGGGCCUGGCGGGCUGAGAAGGUGCUGCUAUGGCUUCCAGCGCGGUCGGUGUGAACGCUGGCGGCUCCGUAAAUGAAACUCCUGAAAUUCCGGACAACGUGGGAGAUUGGCUUCGGGGCGUCUACCGCUUCGCCACCGACAGGAAUGAUUUCCGGAGGAACUUGAUCCUCAAUUUGGGACUUUUCGCUGCAGGAGUUUGGCUGGCGAGGAAUUUGAGUGACAUUGACUUAAUGGCACCUCAGCCAGGGGUGUAGCCAAAUGGACACAUGGAACCCGUGAUGUACUUGAACCUUCCAAACACAGAGCCUCCAAUCUGUGACCGUCACAAGGCUUGCCCUGAUGGCAGCUGAAGUUUGAUUCAGAUGGGUACCUUCCCUUUCCUGCCUGGUUUCCUUUCCUUUGCUGAGUCUACUCAGAACUCCAUUCUCUUAUCAGCAGUCAGGCUUCAGCUAAAGUAUUGUCCUCUGUUUUGUAAAGUUCUGUACAUAAUUCCUAAGUUUCUGCAGGGAGUGAUCUUUGCUUUUGUCUUGAGGAGUAAAUAAGUUGAUGGUAUUUUAACAAUUAUUUGAAAUAAAGACUGCACACAAA